CAAACAUUAACAGGCGUGACCGAGUUACAAGCAGUAUGGCAGCCCCCAUGAGCAGUGUGGGUAAACCCUCAGCUGAACGUUCACCGUUCAAUACUACGAGUUUUCAGAAGAAAACGAGGAGCAAGUUAAUCUCCAUACCUGGUACCAGACCCUCGGUUCAAAACGGACAACUCUUAGUUUCGACCGGUGUCACGUCACUCGACUAUCUGCUCGGUGGCGGGUUAGCAGUUGGAACAGUAAUUCUCAUAGAGGAGGACCGAUAUGAUAGCUACUCUCGUAUGAUCUUAAAGUACUUCCUGGCAGAAGGAGUGGUGUGUCGACAUGAACUUUUUGUGGCGGCUGCUCAAGAUAACCCAGAUGACAUCUUACAGGAACUCCCGGCUCCCAUCUUGGAUGAUGUUGCUAUCCAUAAACCAGUGGAGCAGCCCAGGCUGUCUUCUGAAGCUCACGACAGUUUGGAUGCCAUGAAGAUUGCCUGGCGUUAUCAGAAUCUUCCAAAAGUACAGAGUGCCCUGGCAUCCUCAUCUCGGUUCGGGCAUUACUAUGAUGUCUCUAAGACUAUGGAGCCAGAAAUUCGCCAGGCAGCCAAGUGCCAUCGCUUCUACCCUACAGAACAUCCCACCCAGUCAUCACCCACACACAGUAGUAUGCCCGAGUCCUACUCUGCGUUGCUGAAGUCACUUCAAGAGGUCAUACUCAGGGAGGGCUUUGACGUAGCGGCCCCUAUGUCAAAUUCACGUAACAUCCUGAGAAUUGGGCUUCACUCUCUUGGCUCGGCUCUUUGGGGGGAUGACCUGUGUUGCCAUGACAACCCGAGACAUGGCCACGCUCUCACUACCUUUCUCUAUGGACUGCGUGCUUUGCUGAGGUCAUCACUGUGUGUUGCAGUAGUUACUGUGCCUUCACAUCUCAUCCAGGACAGAGCUCUAAUGGGCAGCGUAACCAGGCUAUGUGACAAUGCCAUAGCCCUGGAAUCAUUUAAAGGCUCUGAGAGAGAGACCAACCCACUCUACAAAGAUUACCAUGGUCUUCUACAUGUACGCCAAGUACCUCACCUGAACUGUCUGGCGAGUAAACUCCCUGACCACAAGGACCUGGCCUUUAAGCUCAAGAGAAAACAGUUCAGUAUUGAGAGACUGCAUUUGCCUCCAGACUUGUCUGAGACGGUGAGUCGUGUGAGCAGGGGGGAGCUGGCCGGAGCGGGCAUGGCGACUUCGGGCUGUGGCUCUGGCACUUCCGGCAACAAACACCUGGACUUCUAGUGCUCCCACACAGUAGCCAUGGGCAACCAACACCUGGAACGCCGCAGUAUUGUCCUCUUUACCGUGGCGACCAGGUUGUUCCCUCGCCCACAUUAUGUCAACCUCGAUAUCCCUGCCAGACAUUACCACCUGCCAACUGUCCUCGCCAGGGGUGAAGAUCUAAACAUCCCCAGUACCUCAUCUCAUAACGGACACAUUUCAUCCUAUAUUUGAAAUUUUCUUUUUUAUAGAAACCUGAAGUACACUCUAUUUUUCUCUCGCAGCUGAUAUUUGCACAUUCCAAGCUCUCUUGAGAAGUUCUUUUAGCAUAAUUAGCCAAGGUUUAACUGGAGCCCAAGGUUUUACACAGUUUGCUUUUUUCCAAUGUAAGUUGGAAAAAAUGUGAGUCCUACGGUAUUUUCAAAAUGUUUUAUAAACGUCUAUAAUUGGCUGAUUGACUAUUACAUAACCCGAUUAAAAAACGGAAGGCUUAUUUAGGAUGUUGUACAUUUGUUGGUUUUUUGCUGUUCCCUUUUCUCUGGGGAUUUCGCUUACAAGUUCACUUUCAAGUUUUUUUUUUUUUGUCUUCAUAGACUCUCACUAAUGGUAAACAUUAAAUAAUUUAGCUGUUUCCCCCAAGCUCCAAGCGUACUGUACAAACAUAAGUGGCCACUCCUAACUAGCUCCACCAUGUACAAAAGUAAAAUAAAAAAAUUUCUCGGAUAAUGCAA